GGUCAUAUACCACUGUAUUGACUGAGAGGGAGGGCAGCAUUGCAACAGUGGUGAGAGAAGUGAGAGACAGACUGAACACAGACAAACUGAUCAGCAGAAGGGACAACAUCUCACUGCAAGGCACAGUGACUAUCAUCACAGCUGUAAAAGAAGUAGAAGAAGAAGAAGAUGUGACAAUGAGAGCAGUGCUUUCACAGCUCAUUGAUGCCACUGUCUUCAUCUUCAAUCUGGCUUUCUUAGCAGUCACAGAGGCUGCUGCCACAUCAUGA